GAUGCUAACGCGCCAUAAAAACCUAAAGAAGAAGAAGCAGCAGCUGCUGUAGUACGAGAGUGCUAUAGAGAAGAAGAAUGACGAGAUUGUUAAAAGAAAAUUAGAGCAGAUGUCUUAUGAACGUUAAAUUAACACUGUUACCUCGAAAUACUGCCAUUGAUCUUAGCUGCAUUACAUUCGCUAAACUAUGACAGAGCCUCAGUCAGCGCUGUUACUCAGGAGACAGCUUGCAGAGCUGAACAAAAAUCCAGUGGAGGGAUUCUCAGCAGGCCUGAUCGAGGAUAAUGAUCUCUACAGGUGGGAAGUCCUUAUCAUCGGGCCUCCGGACACACUGUAUGAAGGUGGUGUGUUUAAAGCUCAUCUGACAUUUCCUAAAGAUUACCCUCUCAGGCCACCUAAAAUGAAAUUUAUAACAGAUAUUUGGCAUCCUAACGUUGACAAGAAUGGAGAUGUUUGUAUUUCUAUUUUGCACGAGCCUGGGGAGGACAAGUAUGGCUAUGAGAAACCAGAGGAGCGCUGGCUGCCCAUCCACACAGUGGAAACCAUCAUGAUUAGUGUUAUCUCUAUGCUGGCAGACCCGAAUGGUGACUCACCGGCCAAUGUGGAUGCUGCAAAAGAGUGGAGGGAGGACAGACAUGGAGCAUUCAAAAGGAAAGUUGCCCGUUGUGUACGAAAAAGCCAAGAGACUGCGUUUGAGUGAUGUUUAGCAAGGAUCUAGCUUCUUCUUUUCAGGGUCUCCAACUGAAAAUCAACAUGGCACUAUUUCCUGCACUCUUCCCCCCUCCUGCCAGUCUUGACCUCUUUUAUUUGGCAGGAACAGACUGGUUACUGUAGAACACAAAAGUGACUACCCAGGCUGACAAAAAAACCACAGAGCAAGUGCCAACUCAAAGAAGAAAAAAAAAACAACCCAGAAGAUAAAACAUUUUCAAGUCUAUGAACUGCUUCAACAUUCAGGAAGAUAUUGUAAAGACAUGUAUAUAGCACAGACUAAACCGGAUAAUAUAUAAACUCCCUUUCCAUCCAUCAUGACACUUAGACCAAAUGAAUAGUACUGGUCAGAUAUUUUUUUCCAAUUUUCCUUCUCAACUUCAGCAUGUAUUAGUUUUCUUUAGAUUGUUUAAUUAGGAGGUCUUGAAUAGAAAAACUACGAUGCUGUUGGAGGAAUGUCAUCAGAGAAGAGCUUGAUUGAUUCAAGCAAGACACGAAUGACUGACAGGGUUUUUGAGAAAUGCUGCCAUAUUAGAAUACACAGCUGUUCUCAGAACUUAACAUUGUACCUGAGCGUUUUUUUUUUGUUUGUUUUUUAUAGCUAGGUUUUACCAUCCUUCUCAGUUGAUUUGAGAAAGGCAACAUACCCCUUAUUUUUUUGUGCAUGCUAAAUUUGGUUUUUUCAAAAGUGCCUCCUAAUAAAAUGCUUAGCCACUUCUCCCUGCAUUUAACAAGUUUUAAAAUGAUGAAAAAAGAUGGAGAACUUGUAUACCACUUAUGUAUUAAUUUAUUAAGUAGUGGGUACACCAGGAAUCUGUAUUAUUAGGUUACUGGUAGCAAUAACUACUCUGAAAUGAUACAAUUUGAGAUCCUCAUCCCCGGUAUUUUGUUAUUUUAGCAACCUCUCUUUUCCUUGUCUGUGUCCUUGGUAGGAAUUAUGCAUGCUUUAUGUUUUGGGGGGGGUUAGCUGAACAUUUCUGGCAUUUUGUUUGCAAAUGUUUGUUUGUUUAUACAGUAUGUGCGCUGAUUUAGUUUUGUCACUCUGCCUUGAUCCACAUUCUCAUGAUUAUUCUGGACAUUGAACUAUUGCAAUUUUCCCUAAUGUACAAAGACAAAAUACUGAUGUAUAUUUUUCAUGUUAUGAAACCUGUCACCUGUAGUGAGUUCUUCUGAAAUAUGACUCUUUUUCAAUAUUUA